ACUAUUUCAUUUCAGACGUUCGGGGCGACUAAACCACCGCGUUUUAGGACCCAAAUUUAUGUCGCGCAUUUCAAAUUUCAAAACAAACGAGUCGCGCUUGUCAACAGUGAGAAUGGAUGCGGUGGACUGAACGUCGGACUGUCUCGUUCAAACUAAUGCAAAACGAAUACAUGUAGCGUGUAACAACAUUUGUGGUGAUAUGUGUUUGAUUUUCAACACAAUAAUCACCAUAAAUCGUUUUUGUACUUCUCUGAGUGAGGAUCAUCUACGGUGAGACGACAGACUAGUGAUCUAAUCUAACAGUUAGUGAACUAGUUGGAUUAAAUUAAUAUUUGAAGAGACAGCAGAAAUGGAAGCUCAUGGAAUAUCAUCUGAAGGCUCAAACAGCGCAGUGAAAGCUCCCUCCAUCGAGGAGUUUAUGCUGGUCAAACCUAUCAGUCGAGGAGCCUUUGGGAAGGUUUACCUCGCCAGAAAGAAAUGCAACUCCAAACUCUAUGCAGUCAAGGUGGUGAAGAAAGCAGACAUGGUGGAUAAGAACAUGACUGAUCAGAUGAGAGCUGAGAGAGAUGCUCUGGCUCUCAGUAAAAGUCCUUUUAUUGUGCACCUGUUUUACUCUUUACAAACUGCAACUAAAGUCUAUCUGGUGAUGGAGUAUCUGAUUGGUGGAGAUGUAAAAUCACUUCUUCAUAUUUAUGGAUACUUUGAUGAGGACAUGUCUCUGAAAUACAUCUCAGAGGUCGUACUCGCUCUGGAUUACCUUCACAGACACAGCAUUAUUCACAGGGACUUAAAACCAGACAACAUGCUCAUCUCAAAUGAGGGUCACAUUAAACUCACUGACUUUGGGCUCUCCAAGGUUAAACUUGACAGGGAACUAAACCUGAUGGACAUUUUAACCACACCUUCUUUGGUGAAACCUAAUAAAGAUUAUUUCAGAACACCUGGUCAAGUUCUGUCACUGAUAAGCUCUCUUGGCCUCAAUACCCCGGUGACAGAAGGCAAGCGUCACAGCAGCACAUUGUUGGGCAGCCCCAUGUCCUGCGGCAAAGUCAAGCAGAGGAAUAGUUCUCUGUGUUCACCUCUGCUGAAGAGACGGGCUUAUCAUCUGAAUUCACCAGUAUGCACAACUCGAGCUCUAGGAUCCAACAGUGUGUUUAGUCCUGGCCUGCUGGCUAAGAGUUUGACACCAAGGCUGAUGAAAUCCAGGAAGAGAUUUGAGACUCUGAGUGUUGGGAGUGCCCACUCAUGCCUGUUACCAUCCACUACUGACUCUGAAGACUGUGUCAGUCCCAUGUGGGAAGAUGAGCAGAAUUUACAAGAUGGUGAGAAGCUUCCACAGUUAAACGGAAGAGAAGUGGGCAAUAGAAUGUCAAGAAACAUUCCCUUGACACCUGUGGAAAGAAGGAAGAUGUUUCCAGCACGAGUUCAAGAUCACAGCACUGUUUUGACUCCACUCAAUAACCAAGUGGACAAUAGCAGAAUUAUUAAACCAGAUAUUUCUGCAAAGAGACUCCAAUUCAGUGCAUCCGACCACUGUGCUACUCCACUGGGUAAGGCUGGUCCCCAUCAAUCAAGUCUUCUGAAACCGGAGCCGCCAACAGAGCCCAAAUCCUCAGUAAAGAGAGCUUUUGACGAAGUAGAGAAAAGCCCAGAGCAGGCUGAGAUCCAUUGCAAGAAAAACAACACUGUUUACAAGAGGUCUUUCCACAUUCCUGAGGACAACUCAAGGGCCCACACAGGCUUGACAGGAAUUUUCUCCACUGUGGGGCUUGAUGAUGUUAAAAGUGCACCGAUAUGUCAAGAGAUGAGUGAGAGAAUGGGCCCAAAGCAAUCUAGUCCCAUAGUCGUGGCCAAAAAUCUCUUUUGUGAUCUCGAAGAUCAAGGUGAGGAGCUGGCUUUGCCUAAAACAGAGGCCAACUCGAGCUCCCCGACCUCACCCGGUGAUGACCGAAAUAUCAGAAGAAGCCUUAGUUUAGAUUCGGAUGGCUCAGCCCAUGAGAUGUCAGUGGUUAAACAAGAGGCCUUGUCGUCCUCUUUUGAGGAGCUGGAUGAAAAUGAGAUUUCUGUAGUCACACCGGUGGCCCGGCCCACCUUGGCUACACCAAAGCACAGCAGUGCAAAGCAGCAUAGGGGUAGAUCUGAGCGUUCUCUUCUUGGCCAUCCUCGUGGGUUGUCUGACAGUAUGGUCAAAUCACCUGGCUUCCUCAAACCCAGGAACGUGGUUGCAUUUAGGAGCUACUGCAGCUCCAUAAACCGCUCUUGUACUUCACAUCUCAGCCUGGCCUCUUUGGAUGCCAUGGAGUUGUCUGCGUCAGCCUCCUUCCACAAUGCCCCGUCUGCAGUGACUCCAGUUCAGAAGAAAAGGCCCAGUCUGAGCAGCUCACUUUACCAGACUCCACAGCAGAUGGUUCUGUCUCACACUCCCUAUAGGACACCAAAAAGUGUUCGUAGAGGUCCAGAACGUGUGGAAGGGGCUCCUAUCCUGGGAACUCCUGAUUACUUGGCACCGGAACUUUUACUAGGCAAAGCUCAUGAUUUCAUGGUGGAUUGGUGGGCGUUAGGUGUCUGUCUGUUUGAGUUCCUCACAGGAGUCCCGCCGUUUAAUGAUGAGACCCCUCAGCUGGUGUUCCAGAACAUUCUCAACCGAGAUAUACCAUGGCCAGAUGGAGACGAGGAGUUAACCCAGAAUGCAAGAAAUGCCAUAGAGAUUCUUCUCACUAUGGAUACAACCAAACGUGCUGACUUAAAAGAGCUGAAGGAUCAUCCGUUCUUUGAAGGUGUGGACUGGGAAAACCUUCACCAUCAGACUAUGCCCUUCAUCCCUCAGCCCGAUGAUGAGACUGACACCUCGUACUUUGAGGCGAGAAACACGGCCCAGCAUAUCACUGUAUCAGGCUUCAGUCUGUAACACACACAAACCGUAGCGCAGUGGACGGAGUAUGUUCAGGUACAGCCGUGUUGUGGAAUGCAGAUCCCACAGUGCUCUUGUUUGUCCUUCUGUCUUCAUUCAUGUUUUGACGUCAUGUUGGAAAGUGUCCUGAAAUGCAGUGAGGUGGGAUUUGAACACUUAUGCACAUACAUGCUGCAAGACUUGUUGUAUAAAAUCUUCCGUUAUGUUUGUUUGGAAAAAGUAAUAUAUUAUGUAACACUAAUGUUUGUACCGAUUUAGAUUGAAGACGUUGCUACUUUUACUCAUGUUUUCUUGAAAACUAUGCUUGCCGGACUGUAAUUUUAACAUGCUAAAUGUUUUAACUAGUCUACAGCAAGUAUGAUUCUGAACAUGGUUGCUGCUUAAAAAAAUUUACUUUUUUGUCAAUUUAAUAAUCAUUUGAUACAUAUCCAACACUUUGA